CCAGAGACGCCAUCCAACCAGCGGCGAACGCCACUGGUCGACCAAGUUCACUUGUUCAGUCAUUGCGGUGAAGUGCAGGUGUUAAGGUGUCCUCUCUUUUCUCUCGCUCCGCGUUUCCCUUCCUUUGGUGGAGCUAAUUUGGGAGUAAAAAAGUGAUGUGUUUGAUCGAUAUUUAAGGAUAUCAGAUGCUGAACUCGGGACAUCUUUUACUCCGGUGUUAAUCUUGGUGGAGAUCGUGGCUGUGGUGGAGAUUGUGACGUCUCAAGAUCAUCUGAGAAUAGUCGACACUUCUUCAUCUCGGUGAAAAUACGUGACAGCCAUUGUGAAUGAGACAACACGUUCAAGAUACUAUAAUGGCUUAGAUUAAAGUGACUCUCUCUCGAAGGACUUCAUAUCCAUUCAUGGCGAAUGGACCAACACGGUCCACAGUUUCGUGCAAACAGAGUGUCGUGGCUUGCAAGUCCCUGAUGAGCAUCGCUGACACGUCCAGACUCGAUUCGUACUCCUUGAACUCAGCAACUGUGCACAAUUCCCACCACUGUCAGGAAGAAGAGAAGGUUUCUUGACAGAGCACGACGAAAACUGUUACUAUGUGUAUAUUCGUUGGUGAAAUGUUAAAAACUCCGUGAUUUUUAAGUUUUAUUUUUGUUAAUUUUAACUUGGUGUGUUUGUUCAGGGCGUUUUCUUUUUUUUCUCGAGUAAUCUCAUUUGUGCGUCGAAGUGAAUCGAAACAAUGACUGUCACAUACACACACGAGGUCGCUGAAUGCAGGGGCUUAGGGAACUUCUGGAGGCUGCUUUUCAGAUGGAGGGGCAGUAUAUACAAGCUGGUGUGGCCAGAUCUGUUAGUUUAUUCCAUGUGCUACUACACGUGUUCCAUUAUUUAUCGCGUGGUGCUGAAUGAAGAGCAGAAGAAGAUCUUCGAGAUGAUCACCCUCUACUGCAACCACUACAGCGACCUCAUCCCUGUGUCGUUCGUUCUCGGCUUCUACGUCAGCAUCGUCAUCCAGAGGUGGUGGGCCCAGUACGAGACGCUGCCCUGGCCCGACUCGUUGUCGCUGUUCAUCUCCACCUCGAUCCAAGGGCAGGAUAACAGAGGGCGUCUGAUGCGUCGUACUAUAGUGAGGUAUGUCAACUUGGCCUUCACCAUCACGCUGACCAUGAUCACCUCCAGAGCGAAGAAGCGGUUCCCAACGCUGGAUCACCUCGUCGAGGCAGGUCUGAUGACGGUGAACGAGAAGAAGAUCUUUGACGGGAUGACCGCCAAGACGAACCACCCUCUGCACUGGCUCCCUCUGGUGUGGGCCGGCAGCGUCGUCGCCAGGGCCAGGAAGGAGAACCGAAUCCGGGACGACUUCGCCGUGAAGACCAUAAUCGACGAGAUCAACAACUUCCGAGGGAAAUGCGGAGGAUUGCUGAGCUAUGACUGGAUCAGUAUCCCCCUCGUAUACACGCAGGUCGUAACUCUGGCCGUCUACUCCUUCUUCUUCUCGACCAUAAUGGGACGACAGUUCCUCGAUCCGGCCAAGAAGUUCCCGAACCAUGAUCUUGACUUCUACGUCCCGGUGUUCACCUUCCUCCAGUUCUUCUUCUACAUGGGAUGGCUAAAAGUGGCAGAGUCGCUCGUCAAUCCUUUCGGAGAGGACGAUGACGAUUUCGAAGUGAAUUACCUCAUCGACAGGAACUUGCAGAUCUCAUACAUGAUUGUCGACGAGAUGCACGAAGAACAUCCUGAGCUGAUCCAGGACAUCUACUGGGAGGAGGUGUUCCCUGCGGAAUUGCCCUACACGAUUGCUCUGAGCAGUUCCGGCGGGACCCGCCCAUGGGCAGCACAGCGAACAUGGAGGUGCCAGAAGCGGAUCAAGAAUUCUUGCCUGUCGUUGACGAAGAACCUGAAGAUGAGGACGAAGAGAAGGGCACCACGAACGUCUUCAAGAAGAUCGGCUCCCUUCUCUCCCUUGGGUCCUCGCAUAACUCCGGAAGGAAAAACUCCUUUAUAUCCUUCUUCCAGGGAAGGAUGUUCAGGGGUGACAAUAGGACCCCCGAAGGCAGCAUGCUGUCUGUUCGACGGUCGUCGCGACCCAGAGGUCUCAAUCGAUCUGCUUCCAGGGUUUCUACUGGAAGCGACAUCUUCCACAUGUCUGAGGAAUCACUGCACACGGUGGGAGGUUUACGCUCACGGCCCAUAUCCGUCAUCAAGGAGAGCAAAAACAGCCCCAACUUGAACGCCAGGGAGGGCAAGAACAGUCCCAAUCCUCACUUUAGAGAUAUCAGAAACAGCCCCAACGCAACCCCGAGAGAGGGCAAGAAUAGCCCCAACAUCCUCUUCCGGAGGCAGCCUUCGAUGCAAGAUGAAGACGGGCCG